AUGGAUUGGUUUCAUUGCAAUCAGUGUUUCGGCCAGGAGACAUCUGACUUUUACAUCACUAGCUGUGGACACAUAUUUUGCAAAAAAUGUGCUGAUACAGAUAAAUGCCUGUCUUGUGGAACAAGCUGCAAAUAUUUGUUUCUCAAUGAUAAUAUGAAACCAGAAGAAAAAAGGUUUUUCAAAAGCCCUCUUGAAACAGCACUCAACUAUAUUGCCCACCUAUCUCAGGUAUGGAUGUUCCAGAAGAGCCAGAUGGAGCUGCUGGUUUCUUUCUACAAACACAAUGCUUCAAAAGCGGAGGGAACCUUACAGCAAGCUUACCAGAAACUAAGUAUCCAAGAAAAGGAGUUGGAGGCAAUACGGAAGGAGAACAGGGUAUUGAAAAAGAAGUACCUCAGCUUGCAGAGUUCUCAAGGACACCAUCAGGGUAGCAGAAACAGCACCCCAAGGCCGGUUGCCAUCACACCCCCAUCACAGAGAGUUACACCAAACCCUAUUUUCCAGCACUCCAGUGAAGUAGUCAGCCGCUCUUCUUCCAUGGACUCCAUCUCUUCCAGAAUCAGCCAUCUACCAAACUGGCAGCAUGCCACAGGAGCCACAAGGAUGACCCUUGCUGAUUCUACUAAUGCUACUCCAUCUCCAGCUUCCACUCAAAGUUUAUUCUACAGGCCCUCUUCCAACACCCCCAUCUCGAAUGUCUUCAACCUACAGCCUUCUGUGGUGAGGCAAAGCCGGAGUGCUACCAACACCGGGCAGCAACAGGAAACCUCAUAUUUCAGCCUCAACAUCUUUACUGAUCAGACAGAGGGCGUUUCUAUGCCAGAACGUCACAUCGAAAGGCUACGUCCCGUACAGCUGACGUUAACUCCUCAUUAUACACCAUCCUUUCAUAGCAGGUACUCUUCCAUCAGCCGAACCCAUCAGCAAAACUAGGGAGGACUGAAGCAACUGUGCUCUUAAUCUGCAUCAUCACGGGCAAGAUAGUCUCUUCUGCCCUGACUUUUGAUGGUAUAAAUUCUGAACUGACAAACCAUAUGUUAACAGUAGACAUCCGUUCCCCACUCUUGCUCGCACAAAAUUUCAGGUGGCACCCGACGUGUGGUAGACUCAAGCGGUGUAAUAAAUCUUUGCAGGGUCUUUGUUGGAGGAAUAAUUAAAAUGAUAGCUGGUGGAAUUGUCCUAAGGCCCACCAUUACUGGUCUUUGAUACUAACAGACUUCAUUACAAUGCAUUAAAUACACUAUGGAUACUAAAACUAGCCUUGCCUAGAUUGUGAUCAGUUUAUUUUGUUAAGAAGAGAGCUGAUGCUGUCAGUGGCUAAAAUGCAACCCAAAUAUUCCAUCAAUCUAAUCCUGGUUGUACAUAAUAUAGGACUACUUUGUCUAUAAUCAUAAUUGCUUCCCACAUUGAGGACAUAAGAGGUAAGCCUA